AUGAAGCGCAAAACCUCAGCCGUCGAGUUCAGCCAUACCAUUCAAGGACUCAACGAACUCAGCACAUUCAGCCAGCUCAUCCAAAUCACACCUCAAACGGCUUCCUCAAUGGGUGGUUUGGAAGAAGCUCAGUCAAAUCUCAGGCCACACAAGCCGAAAUUCGACAAGGAAUCAACUCAGUGA